CGGCACGCAAAACGGGCCCGGUGUAGAAGUGAUGUCAAGUCUCACACGCAGGCCAUUCGGUCGCUGUCAUUCUUCUUUGGCGUUUUCCGAUUCGCGGCUGCCAUUGCGUGGAAUGGGGACAUGAGGCUUUCCCCUUAACGACACAUGCAUGCCGCGUAGUCAUCUUGCUCGCGUCGGAACUGCGGUCCUAGCAUGUCUCGGGAGCCGAUGCAGACAUAAAUACGGGGGUCGUAUUGACGGGAUCGCUUGAGGAUCUCCUACGGUCCACAGGCCUGCCUCUAGGCUCUGAACAUCGCUCCUCGCCUCACCAUGUUCGUCCGCCGGUCCUGUCUCCUGGCUGCCCUCGUAGGGGCCGCGCUCGCGGUGCCGAUGACGAAGCGUGCGUCCCCCUCCAUCCAGCUCGACGAGGGCACCUUCGUAGGCACCUCAGAUGGCGUCGUGGACAAAUACCUCGGCAUUCCGUUCGCGAAGCCUCCAACUGGGAAUCUCCGCUUCAACUUGCCGGUGGCCGUCGACCCUUACAACGGCACGCACCAAGUGACGGCAUUUGGGCCGGCCUGUCCCCAACAGGCGAUCACGAUCCCUGACCCCGAGGGGCUCCCUGAAGACGCCCUCAACUUCAUCGUGAACAGCAUCUACCAGAUCAUCAGUCCCUCGGCCGAAGACUGCCUCUCCAUAAACGUCGUCGUCCCCGCAGGCACGAAGCCUGACGCGAAGUUGCCAGUAGCAGUUUGGAUCUUCGAAGGCGGCUUCGAGAUCGGUGGGACGAGCACCUAUGACGGAGGUGUGAUUGUGCAGCGGUCGAUCGAGCUCGGCGAGCCAGUCGUAUAUGUUAGCAUGAACUAUCGACUUGCCGCCUUCGGCUUUCUUGCCAGCCAAGAAGUUAAAGAUGCCGGCGUAGGCAACCUCGGCUUGCAAGACCAACGUCUCGCCCUUCGCUGGAUCCAAAAGUACAUUUCCGCCUUCGGCGGAGACCCGUCGAAGGUCACUAUAUGGGGCGAGAGCGCUGGGGCGAUCUCCGCCGCGCUGCACCUCGUCACGAACGGGGGCGAUACCGAAGGCCUCUUCCGUGGCGCGUUCAUGGAGUCCGGGUCGCCCAUCCCGGUCGGCGACAUCACGCAUGGACAGGGUGAUUACGAUGGCAUUGUUGCCGCGACGGGCUGUUCUGGCGCCUCGGACACGCUGCAGUGUCUGCGAGAGGUCGAUUUUGACACGCUGAAGGCAGCCGUCGACAAUACACCUGGGAUUUUCUCCUAUCAGUCCUUGCGGCUGGCUUGGCUGCCCCGCGCGGACGGCGUCUUCUUGACUGAUGCCCCGCAGAAGCUUGUUCAGCAAGGGUCCGUUGCGAACGUGCCGUUCAUCACUGGUGACUGCGAUGACGAAGGCACUCUCUUCUCCCUGUCGAACCUCAACAUCACAAACGAGUCUCAGUUGCGGACGUACAUCAAGACCAACUACAUCGUGAACAUCUCGGAGAGCGACCUCGACACCCUUCUAAAGCUGUACCCCGCGGACGUCACCAAGGGCUCGCCCUUCGACACGAGCGUGCUGAAUGCGCUCACCCCCGAAUACAAGCGUAUCGCGGCCUUGCAGGGCGACCUGGUCUUCCAGGCGCCGCGGCGGUUCUUCUUGCAAAACGUCGCCGGCAAGCAGCCGACAUGGUCCUUCUUGAACAAGCGCCUCAAGGAUCUGGCCGUGCUUGGUUCUGCGCACGCUACGGACAUCCUGAACGUGUACGGGGGCGGCGACAUGACGGACUACCUUGUCAACUUCGUGAACCACCUCGACCCGAACGGCAAGACGGGCAUCGCGUGGCCACAGUACUCCGUCGACUCGCCGAAGCUCCUCACGUUCCUGGAUGGGCUCAUUCCCCUCACCAUCACGAGCGACGACUACCGCGCGGACGGCUUUAACCUUAUCACGAAUCUUUCUCUCCAGUUCCCCAUCUAG